AUGGCAGAGGACGUCGUUUUUGCUGCAGGCAUCUUCAAGGACUGCUUCGGCAAGGGUGGCGAUUUCACCGUGGUGGUGGAAGAGCCCGAAGGUGGGGACGGUGGCAGGCCAGAUGGCAAGCGUGCAGAGUUCAAGGUGUGGGCUUCGUUGCUAUCCGGUUGGUCCCCCGUUUUUGACAAGAUGUUGAAGUCUGAGGGCUUUCUGGAGCGCCAGCAGGCCCAGGUGGUCAUCUCCGACUUCUCCAGUGGAGCGGUUGAGAUCUUCCUCCGUUUUCUCUACUCGGGGGUGGUACGGGGUCCUCUCGAAACGCUGGUGGAAGUGUCUUCGAUGGCGGACAAGUACCAGGUGAAGCGGCUCCUGGAGCUUUGCACAGAAGCGCUCCAGGAGGGCCUCAGCCCGGCAAAUGCCUGCCAGCUCUUUGCCGCUGCUGCCCGCUUCCAGCUGUCAGACUUGCGCAGAAUGGCGCUGGAGGAGAUUUGGGUACACGCGGCAGAAGCACUGAAAGAGUGCCCGAGCAUAAGUCCCGAACUGCUCGAGGAGAUCCUGCAGCCCUGCCUCAUUUGCAUGACGAACGCCGAGCUGCAGGUCCUGUUGCAAGGCUGGAGCUGCAAGAAACGAAAAGCUGGUGAGGAAGGGACUUUGCCCUCACCGCUGCAGCCGAUCAUUGAUAGACACAUCGGCCGCAUGAAGGAUGAGCUUGCGCGCUUUACCUCAGAAUAUGGGCCUCAAUGGGAUUGGACGCAAGAAUACCUCGGGGCAGUGCACGAAGAUGAUCUUUUCCUGGCUUUGUGGAACGAUUGCAACAAGUUGGCAGGAACCGAAGGGCAUCCGCCUCAAUUUCUGUCUUCCUACGUGAAUGUCGUUUUUGGCCGGACAACUGGAUAUUUUCAGGCAGAAAACCCGAUGCCAUUGGAGAUAUAUGCCAGCAAUCGUAACCCCUUCAAGCUGGCGACUGGGUCAAUCGCAUGGAUGCUCCCUUAUGAUUCUCUGUACCUCACGGGCCUCUCCUUCGCCCUGGACAUGCCAGAACAUGUCCACUGUCGAGUGUUCUGCUCCAAAGAUGGCCACCACUGGCACCUGGCUGCUGACUCAGGCAAGUCCAAGAUCGAAGCCACGAAGAGGCUGCGCUUGAACAGGCCGCCUGACCUGGUGAAGAUGUUCAAGCUCGAGGUUCUGCAGGGAGACUUCUACAACAGUCUGCAAAUUCGGGGAAUCUGGAAGGAUGAUCUUCAUUAUUGA